AGCCAUAACUGUCAGCGUGAUCCAGCUGCAGUGAAGAGCUCGGAUGCCAGCUCUCCGUCAGCAGGGCCAGUUUCUUUUCGAUAUAUUGUUGAAUUUCAAUUGAUUUCGUUCACCUUUAAGAGAUAUGUCAGGGAUUUUUUUGUGGGGAAAACCGGUUUACACUAUCAUUUAAAUUAGGCGGCACACUUUUUGUAGAGAUGUGGUAUAAAAUAUCCGCAUUUUAUAUCGGAAGACGGGUCGUCUUCUGUGUUAAUGUUUAGAUUUACCGAUUAGCCACAUGACGGAUAACGAUAUCAUUCAUUUGCGCUUCUGGGAUGCCUUUCAUGGUGAGCUUAAAAUUUAGUUCGCAAAGCUGUGGGUCGGUAACGUUAGCGCAAACAUCCAGUCAACUGUAACCUUCAAGCUAACGUCAAUGACAGCUAGCAGUUAGCGGCUUUGCGUUGGUGGACUGCUGAGAGUUUUGCACCGUGUUGGCACAGGGAUGCAUGGACAUGGUGCAUUAAAUAAAGAAAGGAAAUUGCAUGUGAAGACCCGACCGGACGCUGCUGAUUCUCAACAGCUCGUGUCAAGACAUCGCGCGCUAGUAGCGCAUAGUCCCACGCGCAAAGAGCGAUUUAAUUCAUUCAUCCGAGUCUGCUAACGAAACAUGGCCUCUGCAGCCAGCAACCUCGCCGCAUCCAUCGCCAGCAAAACCAAAACCAGGAAGAAACAUUUCGUGUCGCAGAAGGUAAAGCUGUUUCGGGCCAGCGACCCGCUCCUCAGCGUGUUAAUGUGGGGAGUGAACCACUCGAUAAAUGAACUCAGUCACAUCCAAAUUCCUGUUAUGCUGAUGCCUGAUGACUUCAAAGCCAACUCUAAGAUCAAGGUGGACAACCACCUCUUUAACAAAGAGAACAUGCCAAGCCAUUUCAAGUUUAAGGAGUACUGUCCUCUUGUCUUCCGCAAUUUGAGGGAGAAAUUCUCCAUUGAUGAUCAGGAAUAUCAGAAUUCUCUGACACGCAGGGCCCCGAUUCCCAGCGACGCUCAGGGCCGCAGCGGAGCUCGCUUUCACACUUCAUACAACAAGAAGUAUGUCAUCAAGAUCAUCACCAGCGAAGAUGUAGCUGAGAUGCACAACAUUCUGAAAAAAUACCACCAGUAUAUAGUCGAGUGCCAUGGCAACACACUGCUCCCGCAGUUUCUGGGCAUGUAUCGCCUCACGGUGGACGGAGACGAGACCUACAUGAUCGUCACUCGCAAUGUUUUCAGCCAUCGGCUGCCUGUUUACAAAAAAUAUGACCUGAAGGGAUCCACCGUGGCCAGAGAGGCUAGUGACAAAGAAAAGCCACGCCCACCUGAGGAGGGGGCUCCGCCCAAAUCUCGCAUGAGCCAAAAACUACAAACCAUCCGGAUUGCAACACGCUUUUACUGCGCCAUAAGACACACCAAGGAGCUACCAACAUACAAGGACAAUGACUUCAUCAAUGACGGUCAGAAAAUUCACAUCGAUGGGGAGAACAGAAAAAUUUUCCUGGAGAAACUGAAGAACGACGUUGAGUUUCUGGCCCAGCUGAAGCUGAUGGACUACAGUCUGCUGGUGGGGAUUCAUGAUGUAGAGCGAGGGGAGCAGGAACAGCCUGAAGAGGAGAGUGAAGACAAUGAUGCCGUGGAGGAAGAAGCAACAGAGAGUGAUGGAGGGGCCACCGGCUCCCCACCAGACAGUCCCAGUAACACACUGGACAGCCACAGACCUCUGGGUCCAGGAGAGUUCGAUCCAACCAUUGAUGUAUAUGCUAUCAAGAGCUAUGAAAGUGCUCCUAAAAAAGAAAUCUACUUUAUGGCAGUCAUUGACAUUCUCACCCCAUAUGAUGCCAAGAAAAAAGCAGCCCACGCAGCUAAAACAGUCAAACAUGGGGCAGGGGCAGAAAUCUCAACUGUAAACCCUGAGCAAUACUCCAAGCGAUUUUAUGAUUUUAUCACCACCAUUCUGUCCUAAGCACUGUCAGAGGAUGAAAUACAAUGCUGGCUGCAGUGAUAAUGAAGGUGGUUACUUAUAAGCUCUCAUAUCCUUGGAAGAGUUCCUGUUGUGGGUCAUGGAUCCAGUGUCUCUCUCCCAUCCCUACUGAAGAGCACGUCUCAAGUCUAUCAAGAUUUUGUUUACAGUUUCUUUUCCUCUGGAGUAGGUUUACGGCUCCAAGCGUUGAUAAGGGAUAAACGUGUCAUAUAUAUAUAUAUAUAUAUAUAUAUAUAUAUAUAUAUAUAUAUAUAUAUAUAUAUAUAUAUAUAUAUAUUAAAUACCUAUAUAGAAAAAUAUUGUUCUAUACACUUGUGUUAGAUAUUGUUGAUUGAGAAAUCAAGUGGUGUUGUUUGUGACCAACUAUGUGGUAUAAUUAUCAUACUGGAUUUUUUUAAAGCUGCUUGAUUUUGCGUUUACUUUCUUUAGAUAAAUUAAUUAUUUAAAUGUCCAGUUACAAAUAAUAUUUCUAAAAUAUAUGUUGACUGAAAAAAAAAAUUCCCUAAAAGUUAGCAUUAAAUGAAUUGGAGCAUAAUUAUCUGUAAGUGUUAAUUGCACUAUUGCUUUUUAGCUGCAGACUGUACCUUUAAAUCUCUUUACUAAGCAUAAUAUGGAUGCAAUUUCAGAAUUUAUAGUAAAGCUCCAAUCAUUCAAUUGGAUGUCAAUAAGGUGCCUGCUGUGCAGUGUAAUGUCUUGCACAGGAGCUCAAUAUUUGCAAUUGACUCCAAUAACGUUUAGUAUAAAUCUUGUUUUUGCACAUGAUCUAAUGCACCAAAAUGUUUAUGCAACUGAUUCCAGUUUCACCACUGACUCAAGAAGGGUCAUGCAAUAGUAGUGAUUGAUAGAACGUGUUAAGCACCUGAUGGGUUACGUGUGCAUUGUCACUUUUGUAUCCCUAGUUGAAAGGACAAAACAUUGUUUUUUUUCUUAAUUAGAGAACAUUUGAAAAAAUAAAGCAUAUUUUGUACCUCCCUUUUUUACAUUAAUAAUUAGCAAGUUUACAAUUGGCCAUUCUCUUAGUGAGAAUGCAGUUGUGUCUGUGCUAUUUUGAUGCUUGAAUCUGUAUAAAGUGUUUGAGUUGCACUGUUAAGAGUGGGAGAAAUCUGCCUAACUUUAGGUCUUUCUAUUAAUAUUUCUCCCUCUCUCUCUGUCUGUCUGUCUGUCUCUUUCUCUCUCUCUUAUCAUUGUUAAACCUUUGUGUGAUCCCAGAGACCUUUAGUAUUAUAAAAUAUAUAGAUAUUGUGAUAUGUAUUCUUCGAAUUAUUGUUUGCAAAGUAAUCCUAAAUAUUUUACUGUACUGUACCUGUUGAAAAAUGGACAUAUAUAUACACUGUGCAAGGGUGUGCCUUUUUUACUCUGGAUUAUUUAAUUUUGUAUUUCAAUCAUUUUUUUAACAAGAAAAGUUUGAAAAAUGUUAUUUUCUAAAAAGGGAAAGGUGAAUAGGAUGAAUCUUAAGAGGUGGUUUGCUGUAGAUGUGUAAAUAUCCAAGUGUAUUAUCUGUUAUAUUAUGACUAAUGUUGCAGUCAUAAAGAUACAAAAUCUCAGAUUUCUGUCAUUAUGUGAAGUGAUCAAACUGCUCAGUUAGUUUCACCAGUUGGAUGGAUUCACUUUUGUGUGAUUAUCAAAAAUGAGUCUUUGUUUAACCUUCUUUUAGAUUUAAUGUGUCAUGUAUUUGAAUUUUUGUUUGUAGGAUAACUUUUAGUGGAAGUCUAUGAGUAACUCAGCACAACAUGAGGCUAUCAUGAGGUCUUAGUUUGUACUUUCCUUCUGGUCCUAAUGAACUUGAUGUCUGUACAGCACAUGUGAAUCUCAGUGAAGCCACAGUGAAGAUAAAGGUCAUCGCUUCUAUAAGCUUUAAAAAAGAACAGAAAAAAAUACUUAUGCAAAAAAUGACACCACUUUAUCCCAAACUGUAUAAAGUUACGAUCACGUGUGUUGUAAUCUGUUAAACAUUAUUUUAUGUUGAUGGCACAGUAACUUUGAUGGUAGACUAAAUACUUGAUGAAGAGGAAAAGUGAAGGAGGAAAUAUGAACCCUUUUAAAUAUGCUGUCAAUAGACAAAAUGAUCAGUUGUGUGUGUAAUUGUCAUAACUGUUGUUGUCAUGAAAGUGUGCAGCUCUUGUGUGUGUGUUGGGCUUUAGUCUUAAAAUAUUAAAAGCACUCUUUCCCAUAAGCAUUGCUCAAUAAAAUGAUGCAUUGCUCAGCUUUAUUCAUCUUUGCAAUAUUUGUAUAAUCUUACAUUCACAAAACAAACAAAAGCUUAAAAAUAUUUUCCCCAAAAAUGUUUAUAUUUCAUUGUUUAUGUGAACUAAAUGUAGGUGUAUAUU